UGACCAAGACAUCAGACAGGUAUUACCUCUUGCCUGAUGAGGUUGAGCCAUAUAGGGCAUGCAAGUCAAAGAGGUUCAUCACCAAAGUGAUGUUCAUGUGUGCUGUAAGUAGGCCUAUUUUGGCUUGGAUGGCCAAACCAAAUUUGAUGAAAAGUUGGGUAUUUUCCCUUUUACUGAAUUGGUUGCAGCACAAAGGAAAUCCAAGAAUAGGGCAAAAGGCACACUUGAGACUAAACCAAUUUCUUCAGUGAACAAGAGUGUGAUGAGGGACUGCAUUAUCAACAGGAUUGUACCAGCAAUUAAGGCCAAUUGGCCUGAGUGGGCAAGCAAAGAGAUCUAUAUCCAGCAAGACAACGCCACACCCCACAUAAAUGGUGUGGAUGCUGAAUUUGAGGCAGUUGCCAAAUCAGAUGGAUUUAAAAUCCAGCUGAUUUGUCAACCACCCAAUUCACCUGACACCAAUAUUUUAGACCUAGGGUUUUUCAGAGCCAUUCAGACAUUGCAACAUGAGAAACCAUGCAAUAAUGUUGACACAUUGUUGGAGAAUGUGUGUAGCUCUUAUGAAGAGCUGUCACCACAAACCCUAAACAGAGUAUUCCUCUCAUUGCAGGCUUGCCUCACAGAGAUCAUGGUAUUUAGGGGUGGGAACAAUUACAAGGUCCCUCACAUUAACAAGGACAGGUUGGAAAGAACUGUGGGACUGCCCAAUGCACUGGAUGUAGAUGAAGAUCUUGUGAGAGAUGUGUUGGAGUACUUACAGCAACCAGAGAACAAUGCUGGUUGUGGAUAUGACAUUAUGGCUUUGGCUACUGCUUUUGGCUUCUAGAUAGAUAGUUGAAGUAUUUUAGUAGUAAGACCUUCAUGUUUUUGGUCAGUAAGGUCUGAUAUUUUGUGUUUUGUAUGUAGAACUAGUGCAAAGAACAUGUACUAAUGCACAUAUUUAGUGAAGUUUACU